UCGUCGGCGAACGUAAUGACAUCAUCGUUCUCGUUUGACUUCUGAUUUAAAGGUCCAGUUUUAGCUAGCUGAGAGAAAAUUCAACCUUUGUAGAGUUUAAACAAUGAACAAGAAUACAACGCGACACAAUGUACAGCUGUACAUUUAUGAUUUAUCACGAGGAAUGGCUCGCAGCAUCAGUCCCAUCAUGUUAGGUAAACAGUUGGAUGGCAUAUGGCACACAGCUAUUGUAACUUAUGGAGAUGAGUUCUUCUUUGGAGGAGAAGGGAUCUCCAGCUGUUCCCCAGGUGGGACUAUGUUGGGACCUCCAGACACAGUGGUGGAACUGGGGGAGACUGAAGUCACCGAGGAGAUCUUCAUGGAUUACCUCUCAUCUCUUGGUGAAAGCACAUACAGAGGUGACAGGUAUCGUUUGUUUGAGCACAACUGCAACACUUUCACUAACGAGGUGGCUCAGUUCCUGACUGGCAGGUCUAUACCCUCCUACAUCACCGACCUGCCAUCUGAAGUCCUUUCCACACCAUUUGGACAGAUUCUGCGGCCGAUUCUUGACUCCAUCCAAAUCGCCCCUCCGGGAGGUAACAUCGUCAACGGAGGAAGAAACAUUUAAGCAUAAAGAAGGGCUGAAUGCUCUUCAGGUCACUUUCAUUGUU